CAACUCUAUAUAAUUCAUAUAAGAUAGCAACACCCCAUCACCCCAAUGAUGCAAAAGAUCAAUUCAAAUCAGCAACAAACACACAACAAUAGUAUUCACUCACACCUUACAAAACCGACUAAAAUAACCCCCUACUCAAGCACCAUUCUCCCCCAUCAACAACCCCAAACACUUAAACUAUCCCCUCAGUUGUAUAGAUCCCCUCGAUCAGGUGACACCCACAUCGCUGCCUAGCACCCCCCAUAAAACCAUAUAAUAACUCCUAAGAACCUUCUCUUCCCUUCCACGUCCCAAAACCGGAUCUCAGCAAUGCAUGGCCUCAAGCACCGU